AUGCGUGAGGCAAUCUGCAUCCACAUCGGUCAGGGCGGCGUGCAGAUCGGCAAUGCUUGCUGGGAGCUCUUCUGCCUCGAGCACGGCAUCCAGCCGGACGGCCAGAUGCCAUCCGACAAGACGAUUGGUGGAGGAGAUGACGCAUUUAAUACCUUCUUCAGUGAGACCGGGGCGGGCAAGCACGUGCCACGUUGCGUGAUGGUGGAUUUGGAACCGACAGUCGUGGAUGAGGUCCGCACAGGCACAUAUCGCCAGCUUUUCCACCCGGAACAGCUCAUUUCCGGAAAGGAAGAUGCAGCAAAUAAUUUCGCUCGUGGACAUUACACCAUUGGCAAAGAGAUUGUGGACCUGGUCUUGGACCGCAUCAGGAAGCUUGCUGACAACUGCACAGGACUGCAAGGAUUCUGCGUCUACAACGCAUGCGGCGGCGGAACAGGAUCCGGUCUUGGCUGCCUCAUGCUUGAGAGGCUGUCCGUGGAUUAUGGCAAGAAGAGCAAGAUUUCCUUCACCGUGUGGUGCUGCCCUCAGGUGGCCACUGCAGUGGUCGAGCCCUACAACACAGUCUUGUGCGUCCACUCACUCCUGGAGCACACCGAUGUGACCAUCAUGUACGACAACGAGGCUUUGUAUGAUAUUUGCCGCAGGAACCUGGACAUCGAGCGACCCACGUACACCAACCUGAACCGCCUCAUCGCUCAGAUCAUUUCAAGCUUGACCGCCUCGCUGACCUUGCUAUGCCUUUGCAGCUGCAACAGUUUGGAAGCUAGGGCUUUCCUGGAUGGCGGCGACGUCGUGCCGAAGGAUGUGAACGCGGCAGUGGCUACCAUCAAGACCAAGCGUACCAUCCAGUUUGUGGACUGGUGCCCCACCGGCUUCAAGUGCGGCAUCAACUACCAGCC